CUCCGCGAGGAGAGGACCCGAGAAGGGAGGGGGGAGGAACGGACCCCCUCCGUUCUAACGGGCUUGAUUGGGCCGCCGGGGUUCCAAAGGGGUGUGGCCGGCCUUGGCCGAGGGCUAUAAAAGCCUUUGGUGGGCAUUGGCCACCCUCAUUAAAGUGAGGGUGGUGGAGGCGUGUUCUUAGCAGCCGGGGGGGCGGGGGCGAAGCGGGGGGAGGGUAUCUGAUAUUCGUUUUUCUACCCCGUAAAUACAUAAAAAGAAGAACUUCUGAAACGACAGGUCCAGCGUCUCUUCGAUAGGGCUGCAGGCUAUCUGGUUCCCCAAAUCUAGAGUUCAGAGUGCUAGGCUAGGGGUAGGUGCAUGAUCUAAAGUAAUUUGUAUACAGAGCAAGGCGCAUAUGUGAUCUCUUUAAGGAUCAAAGUUAAAUUGUGCUGCUUUACAGCCCUCUGUGCAGACCCAACACAAUGAAUUCUAAUGUAGAAAAUUUGCCUCCUCAUGUGAUCCGGCUGGUUUACAAGGAAGUCUCUACUCUGACCUCAGACCCACCUGAGGGCAUCAAGGUAUUCCCCAAUGAGGAGGACAUCACAGAUGUGCAGGUCACCAUUGAGGGACCUGAGGGUACCCCAUACUCGGGUGGCCUCUUCCGCAUGAAGCUGAUUCUUGGCAAAGACUUUCCUGCCAGCCCACCCAAAGGCUACUUCCUGACCAAAAUCUUCCAUCCUAAUGUGGGAGCCAAUGGGGAGAUCUGUGUCAACGUGCUCAAGAAAGACUGGAAAGCGGAACUGGGCAUCCGGCAUGUCCUGCUGACCAUCAAAUGUUUGCUCAUCCACCCCAAUCCGGAAUCAGCCCUGAACGAGGAAGCAGGGCGCCUCCUGUUGGAGAACUAUGAGGAGUAUGCCUCCCGUGCUCGCCUCCUGACGGAGAUCCAUGCCCAGCCCUCAUCCGGCCUGCGCACCAAGGACCCCGCCGAGCCUUGCUCCUCUUCCGCCAGCGCCUCUGGAGAGGGCCCCAUGGCCAAGAAACACGCAGGCGACAGGGACAAGAAACUGGCCUCCAAGAAGAAGACCGACAAGAAGCGAGCUCUCCGGCGGCUUUAGGGGAUGGGGUGGGCGAGGUGGGGUCUGUCACACAGGGUGGGGUGAUGGGCAGUGGGGUUCCACAGUACAUUUUCAAUUUCUCCUCUUUUUCUUCUCCCACCUUCCCUUUGAGACUACAGUCCAACUUUUGUCUCGCCCUUUUCAGAUUUUUCUUCUUUUCAGUCUUUAAGUUAUUUAAAUUAUAAAAGCAGAAAAAUCUAUUAAAUGCCUUUUUUUCUAAGAAGGUUCUCAUUGUAUAGUUGCUACCAUCCUGUCAACCUGGGGUGGGGGUCCAUCUUGAGAAUACCAUGUUCCCAUUUUUUAGAAAGCAUGUUGUUGGAGCCAGAGAAGAUUCAAAAUAAAGAUAAUGGUGGGGAUGGGGGACAGUAUCUUCUCUUUUGAAGAAGAAUUGGAAGAGGUUGCUGCUUUUUUGAUUUGUUGGGAGAGGCAAGAUGCUCAAACCCUCUCAAAUUCCUUUUUGGACAUAUGUGAACUGUGGAAUUGGUGAAAAGAAAUGCUCCUCUUAGAAUUCAGGAUUCCUCUAAAAUUUUUUCAUUCAGGACAAAGAAAAUGUUCUUUCCCUAAUAUCUACUUAAGGAAGUCAAUUGCCUUGAUGUGUUAAUGUCCACCAGCUCUUGGUUGGUUUUUUUAAAGGUGUUAGGGGACAUUGAUCUACCUACAUGUCUUCACCAUGAAAACUAAAUGGAACCUCCCAUGAUUUAGAGGCAGGGUACCUGUUCACCAAUAGUGGGGCAAGAAUGUGUGCUGGAGGACAGGUAGGAAUUACCUUCAUGUUCCUCUUUCGACUUGUUUGGGAACACCUGCUUGACUGUUUUUGGGACCUUUGAUCUGCUCUAGCAGGGCAAUUUUAAGUUCAGCAGAAGUUGUGUCCUCACCCUGCAUCCAGAUAUAAGACAUUUGCAUUUGUCACCCCUGCAGUAGGUCAGGCAAAUGAUCAUGUGUGUCACCUCCUAGUAUAAGAGGUGUAUAGAGACAAGGGAAGUUGAGGGAUGAGGAGCACAGCUGGUUAACCACUAGUUUUUUAAACCUGGGAUAUUGAACUUUUUCUGCCUGGAAGCCAAAUUCAACAUUGCAGAAGCUCUUGUCUAGUAGUGGGACCCAAAUAUUUAAAAAUGCCAGUAUAUUUUAACUUGAAUUUCUUACUUUUCAUUAUCUAAAUCGUAUUGAUGUUUCACCCUUUUGAAUGGGGGUGGGGGGAAGGGCGGCAGGUGGAAACCUGCAAAAGGCAGCGGACUGUGAAAUGAUUUGCAGCAGUAAGGCUGUGGGAUUUAAACAAUGUAUGUAAUGUGUGAACUUGCUCCACCUGCACUCAUGUUUGAGUGUAUUUCUGUGUCAUGAACAUUUAGAGGCAGGCUGGGAUCGAGCCCUGUGGUUUGGCGUGGACACAGUAUGCAGGCUGUGUGAUGCAGCCCACAAGAGUUUGACUUGGCCUCUGACUGUUAGAUUACGUGCAGCCAAGGGGCUCUUCAGCUGACAAGGGAACCCGAGUUUCUUUCAUCUCCAUGCAGGUAUCACGGACAAUGUUGUGGUGGUGAGUUCUUUUUUGCAAUCACAGCCAAGACCAAAACUGCCUUUCCAUCCUCUUACCUGAGAAACUGAAGGAAAGAGAGAUGGGACUUUUAAAGAAUUCCACCUUUCCCCCAGUAGCUUACCUUUCCCAUUUUAUUACAU